AAAGUGCACGGCAAAGUAGUUCCCGCAGACGGACCCAACUUUGCCUACACCCGAGUCGAGCCGAUAGGUGUUUGCGGACAAAUUAUUGCCUGGAAUUUCCCGAUAGGCCUGACAGCAGGUAAAUUGGCUCCAGCUUUGGCCACCGGUAACACCUUGGUCAUUAAGCCAGCAGAGCAAACACCGUUGACCGCCCUGUAUAUCGCAGCCCUCAUUAAAGAGGCCGGUUUUCCGCCCGGAGUGGUCAAUGUUGUGCCCGGUUAUGGACACACCGCCGGUGCGGCACUCACUGAGCACAUGGAUGUGGACAAAAUAGCGUUCACGGGCUCGACAGAGGUGGGCAAACUCAUUCAAAUCGCCACCGGGAAGUCCAAUAUGAAACGCGUGACUCUGGAAACGGGCGGCAAAUCACCGCUCAUUAUCUUCGAGGACGCGGACAUCGAUGAGGCCGUCGCCGUUGCCCAUGAGACUGUGUUUUUAAAUCAGGGUCAGACAUGUUGUGCGUCCACUCGGCUCUACGUUCAGGACAGCAUUUAUGAUCAGUUUGUCCACAAAGCGGUAGAGUUGGCCCAAAAGCGAGUGGUGGGCGACCCGUACGCGGCCGACACACAACACGGGCCACAGAUUGACAACAAACAGUUUGAUAGAGUGCUUGAACUCAUUGAGUCCGGAUGUAAAGAGGGGGCAAAACUGCUGGUCGGCGGCAAACGCUGGGGUACUAAGGGUUACUUCAUUGAGCCCACAGUUUUCGGUGAUGUGUCGGAAGACAUGCGGAUCGGAAAGGAGGAGAUCUUCGGACCCGUGCAGUCCAUCUUCAAGUUUAAGACACUCGAGGAAGUGAUCGAUUGGUGCAAUCAUACCACUUAUGGUUUGGCUGCCGGUGCCUUCACCAAAGACAUUGAUCGGGCGCUUGUGCUGACUGAAGCCCUGGAGGCCGGAUCCGUUUGGAUCAACACUUUUCUGGCUUUCAGACCUCAAACACCGUUUGGUGGUUACAAACAGUCGGGUUUGGGCAGAGAGUUGGGUGAAGAGGGUCUUCACGAGUAUCUCGAAGUAAAAACGGUAUUUAAUUUCAAUAUGCAUCGCAAUCCAGAGAUCAAAUAUACCCAGCUCUUCAUUAACAACGAGUUCGUCAACUCUUCGGGCGGUAAACAGUUUGAGUCAAAAAACCCGACCACCGAUGAAGUGAUCUGUAAGAUCUAUGAGGGAGACAAACCCGACAUCGAUCGGGCCGUACAGGCGGCCAGACAUGCCUUUAAAUAUGACAACACGUGGCGAACCAUUGACGCGUCGGAUAGGGGCCAACUGUUGUACAAAUUGGCCGAAUUGGUUGAGCGAGAUUGUGACCAUUUGGCCGCAUUGGAAAGCUUAGACACCGGCAAACACUUCAAGCAGACCCGAAAGCAGUGCCUUUGGGCGGUGGAUGUGCUGCGCUAUUACGCCGGUUGGGCCGACAAGAUUCAGGGCAAUACCAUUCCCACUGAUGGCAAACUCAUGGCUUACACCCGGUUCGCACCGAUCGGUGUGUGCGGCUUAAUAUUGCCGUUUACCGUCUCGCUGUACAGCGCGUGCCUUAAACUAUCGUCAGCGCUGACCUGCGGCAAUACAGUAGUCAUCAAACCGUCCGAACAUGCCACAUUGUCCGUGUUGCAUUUGGCCAAACUGAUCAAAGAGGCCGGUUUCCCGCCGGGUGUGGUCAAUGUGGUGCCCGGUUUCGGACGCACGGCUGGCGCGGCGUUGGCCUCGCAUAUGGACGUCGACCACAUUUCGUUCAGCGGGUCCACAGAAGUGGGAAAACUGAUCCAAACGAUGGCCGGACAGUCAAACAUGAAACGAGUGACACUGAAAUUGGGCGGCAAUUCACCGCUUGUGGUCUGCGAGGACGCGGACAUGGAGUUGGCGGCCAUGCAUGCCAAUAAGUCCUGCUUUGAAAACGCCGGUCAAUACAACUGCUCGGCCGGUCGUGUCUACGUUCACGAGCAUAUCUAUGACAAGUUUGUCCUACGGGUGGUCGAGUUGGCCAAGAAUUGGACGAUUGGCGACCCCUUUGACGAACGAACCAAACACUGCCCGCAGAUCGACGCCAAUCACUUCAAUCACGUGAUGAAAUACAUAGAGGUUGGCGUGAAAGAGGGCGCACACCUGUUGGCGGGCGGCAAACGGUCCCGCACUAAGGGCUUC